CCUCACGAUAUAUAAGUUCAGUGUAUAUAAUCGGUAUGAAUUGAUGAAAAGUGAUAAUUUGUUUCUAUACACGGUUGAAUUUUUUAUAAAAGUGUACUGUUAUCUGUGCCUAUCAUUCACAGAAAACAUUAUUUAUGAUAAAACAAAUAGAAGAUUUGUACUUCUAAUCAUCAAUCACACAGAUUUCAUCAGUGUCCAACGAAUUAUCUGAUAUUAUAUAAUUAAUCAAAUGAUGAGCGAAAUACCUGUGGAAAUUCGAGAAUGUUUGAAAAAAUCAGUCGCAGAGAAUCUUGACAAUUUCCAUGUAGAAAUUCAUGAAGGAAACAAAAAAGGUGAAGGAUUCUUGGGAGACUUCAUUUUUCUCUCCUUAACCAACAAAAAAACAGAAGAGAUCCUCCACCUCGCAAUCAAGCAAGCGUUGGCCAGUGGAACCGAUGUUUCCUUCAAAUUCGUGAGUAACGUUUUCCACAAUGAACUUUGGUUUUACGACACUAUAUGGCCAGCAUUCAAGAAAUUUCAAGACAAUUUCCCAGAUGCCAAAAAGUUUUCAAAAAUCUCCAGACACUAUGCUAUUGAUGCAAGAAAAGGCGCUGAGAAAUUAAUUUUAGAAAACCUGAAAACCCAAGGUUUUCGCAACCAUAACAAAACCGAUUGUUUCGAGAAAAAACAUCUAGAGUAUAUUUUGAGGAACUACGGGCAAUUCCACGCGCUGUCUAUGGCCUUCCGGAAAUUGGAUCCAGAAAUUUUCCAGAAAAUCACUGAGCCUCUGGUUGAUAACUCACAAGGGUUAGUGGACUUGCGUUUUUACAAGCGACUCGUAAACCAAUGUUGCCGAAACGUUUUAUCCUCCUUCAACAGAGAAAGUGACAUAGAAAUGUAUGAGAAAUUCAAGGUGUACGCUGAAAAGGGGUCAGAUAUUCUCAAGGAAACUUCGAAUUAUAGAGGAAAAAACCUAGCACUCAUGCAUGGGGAUUGUUGGAGCAACAAUAUUAUGUUUAAGUAUGACGAUUCAGAUAACAUUGAAGACAUCAGAUUCAUCGAUUUCCAAUUCACCAAACUUGGAACAGUUGUAUUCGACCUCUCAUACUGUAUCUACGCCAGUUUUUCCAAAGAAAUCCUGGACGAUCUAGACCAUUACCUCAGAGUUUACCACCAGAGUCUCUCGGAAUCUUUGAGAGGAUAUAAAUUGGAUCCAGAUUUGCUAUAUCCUUACGAUGAUUUCAUUCGAGAGUGGAAACAGUACAGUAAAUUUGGAGUUAUCAUGGGGAUACUUUGUAAUUCAGGGAAGAACAUUGACUUGGAAUCUAUGCCAUUACUAACGGAUUUGAUAGAUGAAGAGGAGAAUCGAGAAAACGAUGAGAAUACCACUGAUUCAUUCUCGUUUCCGUCGGAAGAGAUUGCUAGAACCUUGGUAUUGCAUGCAUACGUGAAUAAUUAUUUGUGAUUUUGAAUAAAACUGAAUAUGGAAUUCGAUCUAUUUCAUAUGAGUUCCGAAUUUUCCCAUCAAUAUUUAUUAUUCAUUAUUUCGCUGAUAAAUAAUACAAGAUUCACCAAUUGAAAUAGAAUCCAAUUUUAAACUGA